AUGGUCGCCUCCUUUUUCAUCACCGGUCUUGUGGCUUUUAUGCUGUGUGGACAUGGUAGUGACAUGCUCGGUCGACGGUGGUUCAUGAUCGCUGGUAACAUCUUUGUCCCUGUCGGAUACAUCAUCGCAGCUACUGCCAAAACCUUCGACACUGUCAUUGCGGGCAUGGCGAUUGCUGGAGUUGGUGGGGCCAUCUGCCAGACGGCAACCUUCACCGCUCCAGAGUUGCUUCCCAACAAAUGGCGCCCUGCUGCCGUUGCGGGUGCCGACUCGAUAGUCCUCGUGGCUUGCACCGUUUGCCCCGUGGCCGCUCGUUACUCUCUCCAGCACGGCACAUGGCGUUGGCUCUUGUGGGUUCCCGUGAUCGGAAACAGCAUCUGCGCCAUCAUACUCUUCCUCUUCUACUUCCCACCAAAGCACCCGAGAGGUCUGUCUUUCAGGGACGCCGUGAAACAGAUUGACUACAUAGGAGGGUUGCUCUUUACCGCCGCGGCCGUCCUCAUAUUGGUGGGUGUCGUCUUUGCGUCUUACCUCCCCUCUGCGGACGGCCGGGUUACUGGUACCUUGGUUGGCGGAUUUGUUGCGCUCAUCGGAUUCGCCUGCUGGGAGACAUUGGCGCCAAUCAAGCAAGCUCUGACACCACCACGCCUGUUCAGAGUCAACCGUGGAAAGGCAUUGACUGCCCCAUUUCUCGUCGCCUUCAUGGUGCCCGUCUACUACCUGGGAACCAACAUCAUCUGGGGACAAAUUGUAAACGCCAUCUUCAGCCCAGGGGAACCCAGUUCCCCUCUCUCCAUGGAGCUGUCCAUCGUGCAAGGUCUAGGCAUGUGCACAGGCGGUGUCCUCCUGAGUGUUUUGGGACGUCGUAUCAAGCACUGGCAAUGGCAACUAUUUGGUUCUGUCACGAUAAUGACCUUGUUUGGAGGUCUCUUGGCUCUCGUGUCACCCGACCGCAAGAAAGCCUUGAUUGCCUUCAACUUCAUCAGUUCGAUCGCAUUCGCGUGGGCCCAGUUUCUGUCAAUCACCUUCUGCCAGUUCGGAGCCCCCCAAACCGAGCUCGGUGUUGUCGGUGCCCUUGGCGGCGUCGGAAGAUUUGGUGGCAACUGUAUUGCGACAACUGUGUAUGUCACCGUGAUCACCCGAUCUUCGACGAGCGCCGCCCUCACGAAAGUUCCUGCGGCUGUUAUCGCUGCUGGAGGCACGCAAGCCAUGGGCCUAGCUCUUCUCGCAGCUAUACCAGCCGGCACCAAGGCUAUCAUGGCUGUUCCAGGUGUCACAGUCGCAAUUGCCGAUGCAGCCGGUGCGGCUUAUAUCGCCAGCUUGAUUGUCGCCAUCAGAACUGUUGCUCUUGUUUCCGUUGCCUUUGGUGGUGUGGGAAUGAUUGGAUCCCUCUGGGUUGAAGAUAUUGGGCCCAAGAUGAACAAUCACAUUGAGGUCUUCUUGGAGAACGAUGUGCAAGCCGCUAAGAAUACCUACCAUUGA